AUGGUCCCUGUAACAAAGGCCUUUCGGCGGGCGAGCACUGCCAAUUUCUUCGACAGUGGGAGCUCAAGUGGCGAGUCCUCCAGAAGACCCUCAGCGGCAGACAUAUACACUUCUCGACGCCCGAGCCUUGCGGCCCUGUCCCUACGGCUCUCGUCAUGGUCGAAAAAGUCACAUUCGUCAAAGAGAUGCGAGGCGGACGCCGGCUCUUCGGAAAGGUUAUGGGAUGCUGUGCUAUCCUUGCCGGACGAGAUCACAGCUCAAAUCCUCUGCCAUCUGUCUGUGUCCGACUUUCUUAGCCUUCGUUCGACGUCUCGCUCUGUCCACCUCUACUUGCAGUCUCACGCUGGUCCAGUCUCGCGGUCUCUGCUUCUUCAAAAUGCAUAUGAUCGGACGACGGACUAUGAGGGCAACAUCAACGAUGAGAAGGCGAAAUUCCUCUACAACUACCUCCACACAUUGUACCCUCCGCCACAACCCUGCGAUUCCUUCGAUUAUUUACUCCAGAUGCUGAAAAGACAAGCACAAGUUGAAAGAAUGGUCCAGGUCCUCAUCAACUGGAUCCAAAUGAAAGUAUACGUUAUCCCGAAGUUCAAACGAUGUGACAAUUUCAACCCGUACAAGUUCAAGCUGAUGAGGCGGCUCCAUCUGCCAACGUGGACCAUAUAUCAUUUUCUAGAAUGCUACCGGACAAUGCUUGUCACAGAGCAUCCUUAUCAUCCAAGACCCCAGUCGGCUUCUUCUGAACAAGACAACUCCAGCAUACCCUGCCGUUCCUGUGGCCAAUAUGUCAGAGAUCUCCUGCGCACAUACCCGGGGACCGCAAUCAUCCCUGCCUAUCACUUCUUCGAACUCUGUCGCCAACACCUCCGCGCUUUGAGCCGAGCUCCCUCGGCAGGGAUAAUCCGAUCUCGUAAGCCGCCCAGUGAAGCGGACCUCGUACAACUUGUUGUUUUUGGCGGCAUUCCUGAGCUGAGUAAAUUGAGUCUGCUCAAAGGCUCGUCAAAUCAGCGAAUCGAAGUGAUUGGGACCUUUGUGGAUAAAAUCUCGAGCGCAGCGAUACAGCAGAGGAUAGGACGAAAAGCCUCCCCCUCUUCGCAAUCCCAAGUGUCUUUACCGAGCACUGCUUUACGGGCCUCGUUCGACGACCUCGUUGCCCCUCUUCAGCCACCCUUUUCUCUCAUCCAUCAUCAUACCAUAUCAGCCAUACCAGAGCUCGAAAAUUUCAUCAUUGACUCGGAUGAGUGGGUCACUCGGAUGUAUGAGCUCGUCAGACCGGGUGACCAAAUCGUCAGUGCGUGGGGAUUCAUCACGAACAUUCUGGCAGGAAAGAGCGACGAUGUCGAAGAUUCUGGGGCUGAAACCGGGGCGGAAAGUGAUCUCGACUUUCUGGCGCCUGUUAAAGACUUGAAUACCUGA